AAAUUUGAUAAACACAAUUUACGUGCAACUUAAGCUAUUUUCUUAUAUAGUACUUUACCACUAAAAACGGUAUCAUAAAAAAAAUUUAUUUUGGCUAUUCAAGCACCUGCAGACGACGAAAAAAUGGCGACGGAGGAGACGACCAAUGUGCCUGGGAAAACUGUUGUUGUUCCCAAAACUGCUGCAGAUUUACAGCGAAUGAAACUUGAAAAGUUAAUGAGUAACCCAGAGAAAGAAGCAUUCAUACCAAGUAGACCCAAAGAAUAUACUCCAAAAGCGCCCGUAGAAUUUGUCAGGAAUGUCUGGGGUUCCAGUGCUGGUGCUGGAAGUGGAGAAUUUCAUGUGUACAGAGGUACACGGCGGAGAGAAUAUGCCAGGCAAAAGUUUAUGACAGAGAAGACAGAAAAGGAAAAAGAAGAUGCUGAAUAUCAUCGUAAGUUGGAAGCUAACAAGCAGGCAGCAGAAAGCAAAACUGCUAAGAAAAGAGCAAAAAGGCUAAAGAAAAAGCAGAAACAAAAAGCCAAGAAACCUAAACAGAACGAUGAAAACAAAGAAAGUGAAGAAAGUGACAGUGAAAAUGACGAUGAAGGGCAAGAAGGCCUCAAUGCAGGAGAGCAAUCUCAAAUUGAAGAUAACCAACAAGAGAAAGUCAUAAACUCUGAUCAUAACAAAAGCCCUGAUAAUGAGGGAAGGUAGCAAUGCUGACGUACUGCAAGUUUAAGCAGUCUUUAGAGGAAAAAUUCUAAUUAUGUUUUAAUUGAUAGUGUUAACCCUGGAGAAUAUUGUCCUCCAUGUUGACUUAGUCUAACAAUAUAUCAACUUAGUAGGACAUUUAUUUUUUAGGUGGUAAACUGGAUUGAAGAUGCAUUUCAGAUAGAGUUGCAAUCUUCUAUUUCUAUGUAAAGGAUGACAUAUAUUUUAUCAGUGAAUUUUAUCAAAAUAUUGAAAAGGAAUUUUAUUCACUAAUAUGGCAUCAUGUUACAUUCAUCCUUCUGAUCACUGGUCCAUUUCCAGUUUUAUAAGAUUUUUGAGUACAUAGUGUUUGAAAACUGAAAACUUUUUUGUUGUGUUAGUAUGAAGUAAUCAUGUUGUCUUAAAUAUUGCAGAGAAACGGGUUUAUUAUUUUUUUUCACAUUGUACAUAGUAUACAUAUAUGAUACUUUACAUGAAAUAAAUAAAUUGACAAA